AUGUAUUUGACAGAUGAACAUCCAAAUUAUGCAAUUAGUGCUGCUACUGGAAGUUCACUCCCUCUAUUUCCAACUAAAUCAAGUAAUAUUCUAUCAUUUAUGCAUAAAGGAAAUGCUCUUGAUGGUGGUAGUAAUCAAGUGUAUUUUAGAUUUGGAGAUUGGGAUACUAUAAGGAUUCUAAGAGUUAUUAUUAAGGUUCAACCAAUUACAAAUAUGUUUGCAGGAAAUCAGAAUAUCAUCCAAACAGUAAAUUGUUUCUAUUCGAUGAAUAAUGCAAUUGAAACACCAAUACUUUAUAUCAAAUUCAACCAAGUUAUGAUAAUUCACUUCUAA